UUGGCGUGGGGGGCGGGUGCAAGUCGACUGAGUCCUCACUGCUCACGUUUGUCGUCUUCCUGCGUCUGCAGCAAGUCGGAGCGAGUCACCUGGGCGUUCAUCUUCUUCCACUUCUUGUCUUUUUCAUUGUCGCGGUCGCCCCCUUCAUCAUGUCCCUCCUGAGCGACGAUCCCAACUACCAGCGGCUGGAGAAAUGGCACCGGGGCAAUGGCGGAAGUAUGAAGAUGAGGGACAUGUUCGCCGCCGAGCCCGACCGCUUCAGUCGCUUCAGUGUGCAGGUGGAGACGCCUGAAGGCGACCUCCUGCUGGACUACUCCAAGAAUCUCAUCACCCCGGAAGUCAUGUCCAUGCUCAUCGCCAUGGCCGAGUCCCGAGGGGUGAAGCAGGCCCGGGAAAGCAUGUUCAAAGGGGACAAGAUCAACUUCACCGAGGGUCGCGCUGUGCUGCAUGUGGCCCUGCGCAAUCGCUCCAACGUUCCCAUCCUGGUGGAUGGAAAAGAUGUCAUGCCCGAGGUCAACCGCGUGCUGGACAAGAUGAAAGUCUUCUCGCAGAAAGUGCGCAGCGGCGAGUGGAAAGGUUUCACGGGCAAAAGCAUCACGGACGUGGUCAACAUUGGCAUUGGGGGCUCCGACCUGGGUCCGUUGAUGGUAACGGAGGCGUUGAAGAGCUACUCGGCGGGCGGCCCCAGCGUCUGGUUUGUUUCCAACAUUGACGGCACUCAUCUGGCCAAAACGCUGGCUCAGCUUGACCCGGAGACGACCCUCUUCGUCAUUGCCUCCAAGACGUUCACCACGCAGGAGACCAUCACCAAUGCUGAGUCCGCCAGGGACUGGUUCCUUCGCGCCGCCAACAACAAAAGUGCUGUUGCCAAACACUUUGUGGCUCUCUCCACCAACGCGGUCAAAGUGCAGGAAUUUGGAAUCGACACGGCAAACAUGUUUGAGUUCUGGGAUUGGGUCGGAGGUCGUUACUCGCUGUGGUCCGCCAUUGGCCUUUCCAUCGCGCUGCACAUCGGUUUCGACGGCUUCGAGCGGCUUCUGAGCGGCGCGCACUGGAUGGACAAUCACUUUGUGAACACCGGUCUGGACGAGAACAUCCCGGUCCUGCUGGCGCUUUUGGGUGUUUGGUACGGCAACUUCUUCCAGGCAGAGACGCAUGCCAUGCUGCCCUACGACCAGUACAUGCACCGCUUUGCCGCCUACUUCCAGCAGGGCGACAUGGAGUCCAACGGCAAGUAUAUCACCAAAGAUGGAAGUCGGGUCAACUAUCACACCGGGCCCAUUGUGUGGGGUGAGCCAGGAACAAACGGCCAGCACGCCUUCUACCAGCUCAUACACCAAGGCACCCGCAUGAUUCCUGCUGACUUCCUCAUUCCGGCGCAGUCGCAAAAUCCCAUCAGAGACAACCUGCACCACAAGAUCCUGUGUGCCAACUUCCUGGCUCAGACGGAGGCCCUGAUGAAAGGCAAAACGGAGGCGGAGGCUCGCCAGGAGCUGAAGGCUUCCGGCUUGUCGGGACAAGCCCUGGACAAACUUCUUCCUCACAAAGUCUUCGAGGGCAACAAGCCCAGCAAUUCAAUUGUCUUCAAGAAACUGACGCCCUUCAUGCUGGGAGCGCUCAUCGCCAUGUACGAGCACAAGAUCUUUGUCCAAGGCGUCAUCUGGGGCAUCAACAGCUACGACCAGUGGGGCGUGGAGCUGGGCAAACAGCUGGCCAAAAAGAUCGAACCGGAGCUACGUGACGCCACCCAGGUUUCGUCUCACGACACCUCCACCAACGGACUCAUCAACUUCCUCAAGAAGAACUUUGCUUGACUUUGUCACAUCACAUUGCCGCACCUACUUUGUCUCAUCCCCGUGUAGUGUCUCACGUCUUGUCAGAAAAAAAAAAGACCACGCAAACGCUUCCUGCGGUUUAAUAGGCCCUUAGUGCAGCCAGCAGUGGUGAAAAUCUUUGUCAGCAAACAAUAAAAAUGUCCAAAUA